CCUGGUACCUCUUUUGUGAAGUGGCAGCUGAGGAGACUCGGGCGCUCGCCAUGGCAGAUGAAAAGCCUAAGGAAAGAGUCAAGGCUGAGAACAAUGAUCCCAUAAGUUUAAAGGUGGCGGGACAGGAUGGUUCUGUGGCACAGUUUAAGAUUAAGAGUCAUACACCAGUUAGUAAACUAAUGAAAGCCUAUUGUGAACGACAGGGUUUGUCAUUGGAAAUGGUGGAUGAAGAUACAAUUGAUGUGUUCUAA